CAACAACAACAACAGCAACAACAACAGCAACAACAACAACCUGCUCGGCCACUUACUGCUAAUGAGAUAAAAGCAGCAAAGAUUCGAGAAGCGCUGGAAAAAAUGCGUGAAGCAGAUAUUAAAAAAAUUUACGUGAAAUUUUUCAUUGACGAUGGCUCGUCCACCAUUUCUUUGCUUAUCGAUGAAAGAUGGACGGUUGCUGAAUGUAUCCGUCGAAUUGCCACAAAAUUAAAUGUCCCGUUGAGUGAACAUCACGCUAUUGUGGAGGAAUAUCCCGAUCUUUAUAUCAAACGAAUCUAUGAAGAUCAUGAAUAUUUAGUGGAAAAUAUUAUGAUGUGGACGUUGAAUUCUCAAAAUAAAUUAUAUUUUACACGACGUUUGGAUAAAUAUUCAUUUCUGGAUCGACCGGAAGAAUUUCUCAUAACUCAGAAAAAUAUCGAUACAUUGGUACAUGGUCCACUAUCACCGAAUACAAAACGACAUGUUAUUCGGGAAUUUUUUGAUGGAGAUAAUGUACAACCACCGGAAACAGAAGGUUGGUUGUUUUUAAAAUCAGACGGUAAGAAAUCAUGGAAGAAACAUUUUUUCGUGCUCCGUUUAUCCGGUCUCUAUUACUGUCCAAAGGGUAAAAGUCGUAAUUCGAAGGAUUUACAAUGUUUAAUGAAUAUGCAAACUAAUCAAGUAUAUACGGCUAUCGAUUGGAAGAAGAAAUAUAAAGCACCGUCCAGUUAUGGUUUCGCAAUCAAACAUCCAAAAAUUCAAGUGAAAGCAUCAAAAUACAUCAAAUAUGUUUGUACCGAAGAUGCGUUGACAUUUCACAAAUGGAUGGUAGCUUUAAGGAUUGCAAAGAAUGGUCAAAAUUUAUACGAGAAUUACAUAGAGAUGAAGAAACAACAACAACAACAACAACAAACAGAAUCAAAUGGAGUAAUUCAACCUGUAAAAGUUGGCAUUCCACAAAUUUCAUCUGUUGAUUGCAAUCGUGUAUCAUUCGUUGAAAUGCGAAAAUCCAACAUACGACAAUGUCAACAACAAGAUCAAUCAACUGUGCUAAAUUUGAAUCGUGAUUUACGAACUCCUAUUUCAUCAAAGCUAUCAACUGCAAUCAGUAAUGAUAGCAAUCUUUCAUCUCAUCAAAAUAGUAUCAUUUUUGAUCAGUGUGAUGAUAUCAUAACGGGUACCAUAAAACGAGCACCAUGCGAUAUAAUGCUCAAUAAUAGACAAUCAUCAACGAUAACUGAUCAUCGAAGUUCUAAUGAUGGUGUCGCUUCACCGAGUGGUCGUAGCGGUGGUACCGCCGAGAGUGAUAGUGAUGAGGAGCAAUUUCCACCACCUCCACCAGUUGUAGCUACUACCAUUUUGCAUGGAGAAGAUUCUCGAGACAAUGUACAUAGUAAUGAAGACGAUACUCCUCUUCCGGUAGUGACAUCGACCUCAAGAAUGACCUUUCCUCAACAGCAACAACCAAGUACCAGUCAUCUGGCUACCACACGAUACCAUAAUGGAAUUUCAGCAGCUUAUGCUAAUAGCAAUGGUAACUAUGUAGCAAACGUGAAACCCGUUAUAGCACCGGUACCACCAGCAAAACCACAAUUUGUGAUACAAAAUGGACGAAAUAGCAAUCAAAUGAUUGGCAUUGAAAACGGUAUAACAAUGGGUCAUCAUCAUCAUCAGUUAGCUCCUCAAACAUCAUUGACCUCACUACCCAAAAAGGUACCACCACCACCACCACCUAAACGUUCAGAUACCACUAAACUUCAAUCGACGGAUGCUGAAGCUUUACAUUCGGAACUGGAAAUAGCAAUGGCAAGGAGAUUGCAAAAAAUUGGACAACAACUUUAA